AUGUCACAGCUUCAGGCAAAAGACGGAGAAACUUCCACUCAAGGUGUGGGAAAUGACAAGGACGAUUCCAAGUCUCUCAGUGCGAGUUUUCCAUUCAAUAGCAGCGCUGGACCACUGGCAGACAUUGAGAAAUCUGUUGAAAAGGAUACUCAUGCCACGAAACCGGACAAGCACCGCUACCCAGAAUCAAAUCUCAGCGAAGGCAUCGUUGGCUGGGAAGGGCAAGAUGACCCCGAGAAUCCCCAAAACUUUCCCUCCAGUCGCAAAUGGGGGUUGUUGGCGUUGAUGGCCGGCAUCACUUUCGUCUCGCCGCUCGCGUCCAGCAUGCUAUCACCCGCUAUCGAGUAUGUCGGGGCCGAAUUCGGAGUCACCAACGAGGCUAUACUUUCUUUUACUGUGAGCAUCUACUUGUUAGGUUAUUCAUUUGGUCCCCUCUUACUUGCGCCUCUAAGUGAGAUCUACGGCCGACGAAUUGUUCUCAGCAGUGCAAACUGGUUCUUCGUCGUAUGGCAAAUCGGUUGUGCCAAAGCCCCAAACAUUGCAAGCUUGAUUGUGUUUCGGCUUCUUUGCGGUGUGGGCGGCUCUGGGUGUUUGACUUUGGGAGCCGGCGUCAUCGCCGACCUGUUUCCCAUUGAGAGCCGUGGCUUGGCGACAUCUCUCUGGAGCAUGGGGCCUUUGCUAGGGCCUGUAGUCGGACCGAUCUGUGGAGGAUUCAUCAGCGAGACUGUGGGCUGGCGCUGGGUGUUUUGGGUUCUCUUGAUAGUUGGAGGAAUAACCUCUGCUGGUAUUGAGAUACUCAAUCGCGAGACCUACGCUCCCGUUCUCAUUGAAUGGAAGACAAAGCGCCUCGCAAAGGAGCUUGGCAGGGAUGAUCUCCACAGCGUUUAUACAAAGGCGGGAGCCGAUACAUCUAUCUUGUCGAAGCUGAGAGCAGGCAUGGUACGGCCAAUUCUCUUGUUCUGCAAGUCUCCCAUCGUCUUUCUUCUCUCAACAUAUCUGGCUUUGGAGUAUGGAUUACUCUAUCUUUUCUUCACUACCAUUCCCUCUGUGUUCAAAGAUAAAUAUGGCUUCUCAACUGGUUUAUCAGGGCUGGCCUAUUUGGGCAUUGGCAUCGGCUUCAUGGCUGGAUUGGUAUUGACUGCCCUCACCAACGAUCGGAUCAUGGCAAAAAUGGCGCAGCGUAACGGCGGCAAAUUCGAACCGGAAAUGAGGCUGCCCAUGAUGAUCUUUUACGCCGCCUUUUGUCCUAUCAGCUUCUUCUGGUAUGGUUGGACGGCUGACAAAGGUGUUCAUUGGAUUGUACCAAUCAUCGGCAUGGUACCCUUUGGCUUCGGGUUGAUGGGCUUAUAUCUCCCCAUUCAAACGUAUAUCAUCGACUCAUACCCGACUCAUGCGGCAUCAGGUAGCGCUGCACUUGUCGCCUCUCGGUCGCUAUUGGGCGCUCUGCUCCCACUUGCUGGUCCAAGGCUCUUUGCAUCACUCGGCCUUGGAUGGGGAAAUUCCCUGUUAGGCUUCAUUUCACUAGCAUUCAUUCCUGUCCCCAUUCUAUUUUCUAGAUAUGGAAAAACCAUCCGUGAAAAGUAUCCGGUGCAGCUCUAA